AGGUCGUUUUUUUUCGUCCUGUGUGGAUUUUCACGGACUCCUCUACCGAAAAUUUCCUCCGCGAGCUAGGCCACACACCGUCUAGCAUCCUCUGGAAUAUCACCGCGCACGUGUUAUAUUCUUCCCCGGGAUGUCGUUCAUUGCCCGCAAUGUGGCCAGAACGUUGGUUCAGCAGGCUUCCUGCCGUGGGAUCCACUCUUCUACCGUGGCCCAAAAUCCGCGAUCGAGCUCGAAGGAAGGUCGUAUCUCUUGCACACUGAUUCCCGGCGAUGGUGUUGGCCCGGAACUGGUCUACUCGGUGCAGGAGGUGUUCAAGGCGGCGGAUGUGCCGGUCGAUUUCGAGGCGUUCUUCCUUUCGGAGGUAAACCCAACGCUGAGCGCCCCGCUCGAGGAUGUCGUUCGGUCGAUCAACAAGAAUAAGGUGUGCCUGAAGGGUAUCCUGGCGACGCCCGACUUCAGUCGCACGGGUGAGCUUGAAACGCUCAACAUGAAGCUACGCAACGAGCUUGAUCUGUAUGCGAACGUCGUACAUGUGGUGAGCCUGGAGGGAGUGAACACGCGGCAUAAGGGAAUUGAUACGGUCGUCAUCCGUGAGCAAACGGAAGGCGAGUACUCGGCGCUGGAGCACGAAACCAUACCGGGCGUGAUCGAAUGUCUGAAGGUCAUUACGGGCCAGAAGUCGGCGCGCAUCGCUAAAUUCGCGUUCGACUACGCGACGAAGCACAACCGCAAGAAGGUGACAUGCGUGCACAAGGCCAAUAUCAUGAAGCUCGGUGACGGUUUGUUCCUCAGGAAAUGUGAACAGAUUGCAAAGCUGUAUCCAAGGAUCCAGUUCGAGAAGAUGAUCGUAGACAAUACGACCAUGCAAUUGGUCAGCAAUCCGAACCAGUUCGAUGUCAUGGUCGCACCGAACCUGUACGGUAAUAUCAUCGAUAACCUGUGUUCUGGAUUGGUCGGUGGUGCCGGUGUAGUUGCCGGUGCUUCUUACUCUGCCGAACAUGCCGUCUUUGAGCCGGGAGCACGUCACACGUUCGCGGAAGGUGUGGGCAAAAACAUUGCCAAUCCGACGGCCAUGCUGCUGUGCUCGUCGAAGAUGUUGCGCCACGUCAACUUGCUACCGUACAGCCAGAUGAUUUUCCAGGCGGUGCAGAAUGUGCUGCGCGCCGGCAAGAUUCGGACCAAGGAUCUCGGUGGCCAAAACACUACGAACGAGUUUACUCAAGCCGUCAUCCACAAUCUCCGAUAAACAAUGCCCGCUAUUAGCAAGACGUUUCCAGGCCCUAGUCCGGAUUAAGCUGCCUAUAAAAAACGGCCGGAAUAAGGAUGUGAGGUAGUGGUUUCCUGAGGACGAACCAACACCACAACAUUCAGUUUUAGGAACCAAUUUAUGCUUUUUCUCUUUUUCUCACCGAGCCUGAGUUUCUCGUGAAUCCUGCGGAGUCAUAGUACUUUUCUAUUUUUUAUCAGUUCCAUAAAAUUUCUUUUUCUUAGCUUCGAUAAUUUAUUCUAUUUCGUCUCUAGCUUCAUGGAGCCCCCCUGACCGAUCCCACAAAAAAAUGAAUGCAUAGUGUUGUUGAUAGUGUUUAAUUAGUCGAGAUGUUUUUAAAACGAAACCCCGAAUCCUAUUUAUUUAAAUCUACCAAAGGGAGUGAAGGAUACGUCGUCGAUCGAUUGUAUUAUGCCAUCGAAAUAAAACAGCAAAAAGAGUUGAGUAUCAAAAGCAUAUGACCUCACACGAAACAAAUGAUACCGCUAAUGAACUGGAAAUCAACAAAAACGAAAGUUUCCUGUGUCCGUGUUACCGAACAAUUGUGAAAUAAUUUAAAUCAACGAGAAACAAAUCCCUCUUUGGACGAUGCUAAUUUUGUAACAUAUUUAGUAACUCCUGUAUCCUUGCUGGACGACAAUAAACAAUUUAGUUUGCCCUCGGC